ACCACCGCCCGUUGCUCCCACACCCCCCCUAGAAAAGAAAAAAAAAAAACAAGUAUCAUAAAUAAUUCACACAACUGCAUGUCCUCCGCACACCUUCUCCACCGAGGACCUCUUCGGCAAGAUCCAGCGAACCAACUUUUUUAGUCGUCACCGGAUCGGGCUUGGAGCUGAUCUGUGAACCUCUUUCCGCAUUCAUUCAUUCAUUACCAUUCCUACGUCUGUUACCCCCCCCCCCCCAAACUCUACGCUCGUGCCUUGCAUUCCUUCCUCCUCUCCUCCUUUAUUCCCUUCUUAUCCAUUCAUUCUCCCUCAAGUUGGAACCCGUGAGCAGCGAGUAACGACGGGUUGGAAAGCAAGGUUCGACUCAGUUCGGAGAAAGACCAGAGAAGAGGAAAGCAUCUCAAGCAGAAGCAGGGACGGGUCCGGGAAGCAACUCGAGCCUGGAUUGGCCCGUUCUCCUCCACCACCUGCUCGAGCACAGCGAUCGCCAUCCAUCCACCCCCCUCGCCUUCAACUGCUCGGCUCUAGGGAAGGCUGAUAUCCGUCCCCUCGUCUGCACUAUCCACCCUUCGCACAAUGCCUUCAGUGUCUUCUGUUAUAUCUAAUGAUGUGCCCAAGGCUAACCCCACUGUCACUCACACUGUCACUACAAGACGCCGCUCAUUACCGGUAUAUCAUUCAUACUCCUCCGAGUCCCUUCGUCCAGCAAUAAAACGUGUAUCUUGCUGCACGGCAGGCGUCUCUGCUACCACAAACACCAAUCUGAAGAUGCGGUCACAUAGCCCAGCAAUGGAUGCGGUUGAUUUUGACAACCUUCCCCCCGCGGUUAGGCGAAAAUAUUUCUCUUCUUUAGAGAGAUUGCGAUACGCACAACAACACCAACAUCUGGGUUGCGUGUCACCAUUACCAUCAUCCAACCACGGAAGGACAAUGAGCUCAGCCAGUGGGAAGUUUACAAGGUUAAGAUCCAAGAAUCGGCCAUCGUAUGACAGCUUUCGAAGCACGCGUGCACCCCCUCGGCCAGCAAAACUCUGCAAACCAAAUCCUGAAGCCAAUGCCUUCCUGUUGUCCCAGGCUGACGCUAAAUGGUAUCUCGAGUUACCAGAGACGAUCAGGAGGAAGCAUUUUUCAAAGGAAGAACGCUUCCUAUUGGCGACUAAAUGCGAGAGCAUUAUCGUUGAUGCAGCAGACGAGGCUAUAUAUCGAAUGGGAAGGCAUGCCAACCAUAGUUUGGACACACUUGAUAGUCACAGGUCAUCAGGAUCGGGUUUCAGGGACUCCCUAUAUGAUAGGGACGCGAUGAAUGCUGUCGAAGAGAUCCGAAAGUCUCUUGGGUGGUUGGAUGAGGAUGGCGCAUUGGAUUUACGACUGAGCGAGUUUUAUUGCUCUGACUCGAACAAGUUUGAAACGAAUCCUGCUCCUUCGAAAAGCUCCCACAAAAAGACGCUAUCUCUCUCCGGAAAGGCUUUUAGCACACAUUCAUCCUCCUCCUCUGUUCCUACUAUCGGUAGACAAUCCUUAGGAAGUCGUCGUCCGACAUCUCGUGGGAACAUCACCAGACACCAGCCAUCUUUCUCCCAGAGCAUUAAUUCUAUGGAUCCCGAUGCCGCCUACUACCAAGAUCCCGAAGCACGAUUAAAGCUUCGGGUAUACUUGGCAUCCCCUCAAAAAUUUGAUGAAGCGGUUGAAUUUGGAUUUCCUUCCACGGCGGAAUCGAAAGGGUUCUCAAAGGCUCGUCCAAGAACCGCAACGGUUCGGAGGGUGGAAUCAGAAGUAGAUGACUUGCCCUGCAAGGAGGAAGACCAUCCGUUCAACGACUUUGGCAAUGUCUCCAUGGCUGUCGGUGACGUUAUGGGCUAUCAAAAAAUGCGAGGGCUUGAGGGCCGGACCUCGCCAACUGUGUUGCCGUCUAGGGUCAGCAACGUCAGCGUCUUUGACCCUUAUCCUCAUGCCUCUCCCGGAAAUAGGGAAAUGACAUUGCGCAUGACUUUAACUCGGAAGGAUCUUCGUGCAGACGAGAACGAACUAUACGGGUGGAGGAAGAGCGACCCACUUGCGCUGGAAGAUCUCCCCCCGGCAAGCGACUCGGAUGCGGGGCAGUUUGACUGGGGUAAUAGCGGAAGGGGCUCUCAAACUGGACUCAAAAAGCUAUGGCGGAAAAUACGGAGGCUUCCGUGAUUUUCAUGAUUCGGGGAUUGUCGUAUCUUAUUCACUUGAACUUGACUCUUCAUUUCUUCUUUGUUUGAUAUCCCUGUUAUGCAUUCAGCCUGAGCUUCUCCUUUUGUAUUUUUUUCUAGUUCAUUGACCCAUUGAUUGGGAACAUGGAGCUUAUCUUCGGUUGGUAAACUUUUUUUCCCUUUCAUUACUCAUUUCAUUUCUCUCGAGCAGGGCGGUGGUGGUGAUGGUGGUGGCGCACGGUUUCUCGGGUUUCAAUAUUUCGUUUAACUUCAUGUUUGUGUGUUAUUUUUUUUCCCCAUCUAAAAUCUGUGGGGAGGUUGUGCCAACGUGUUCAUGAAUCAGGUGAAUUUGGGGGCACUAGAGACAGUUCCUUGCGUUCUUUCUUUCGCAUUCACUUUUAGAAAAGUUUACUAUUUCAUUUCAUUGGGUUUUUACAUAGUCUGAAAGUUUGUUUCUAUGGAUAACAUUGUUCGUGGGUGGUGCUGCAAGUGUGGUAUUUUUUUUUUUUAAUUUUUCUUUUAUGGGUUGGAGUCCAUUUCUCUCGUCGUAUCUCACCUCCCCUGCUUCUUGAGUCUCUUUUUGAUACCCCCUUACCGCUUCAUCUUCACGGUUAAGUGAAUAUUUGCGCGAAUCACGUAAAAUAUUUUAGUCUAUAAUUUCUUUUUUCUCUAUACUUCAUUCUCCCAGUCCACCCUGCGUCUUAAGGGACAUCUUCCAUUCCCUUUCCUUUUGGUGGAGGAACGGUGCGGAUGGGUGAUCUACGAUACAAAAUUUUCAUUUCGUUUCCAUACUUUGGUCAUUUUGUAUUACCUUAGUGUCAUAUUAACUCUCUGGGGGAUGAACAAUUCCCAUCCACCAUUUA